AUGGCUCCCUCCGAUCGCACUCCGGAGGUAGAUACCAAUUCUCGACGCAAGCGCCCCAAUCGUCUGGAGCAAGCCAUCACCAAUCCCGGCGCAGUGAAGAUAAACGUUACUGGUGCAUUUAUCGUCGAUGAUGAGCCGCGGUCCAAGAGUCCUGUCGAGGCGGAGGGUGUGCACUACGAGAACAAGGAUAUCCGACUUCCUCACCAUACAGGCGUUGUGAGCCAUGUGGCUGUCGAUAUUGGCGGAACACUGGCGAAGCUGGUCUACUUUACUCGGGAAUUGAAUAGCGCGGACAAUGGCGGUCGAUUGAAUUUCCUUAAUUUCGAAACCCACCGCAUCGACCUGUGCAUCAACUUCAUUCGACAGCUCAAAGAGGAACACGAGAAGAGCAACGGCUCCAACAGCGAGGGACUGUGUGUAGUCGCGACCGGAGGAGGUGCCUACAAGUACUAUGACAGGUUGAAGAAUGAACUGAAUGUUAAUAUUCUACGGGAAGAGGAGAUGGAAUGCUUGAUCAUUGGUCUUGACUUUUUUAUUACCGAGAUUCCCAAUGAAGUUUUCAGAUAUACCGGUGGCGAUGACGAGCCGUUGGAAUAUGCCGAGGCCAGGCCCGAUGUCUACCCCUAUCUCCUCGUCAAUAUCGGAUCAGGCGUGUCGAUCAUUAAAGUCUCUGGCCCAAGGCAAUUCGAGCGCGUCGGCGGAACGCAUCUUGGAGGUGGAACGUUCUGGGGCAUCAUGUCUUUGCUGACCGGCGCCCGGACAUUCGAUGAGAUGCUGGCAAUGGCCGAUCGUGGAGACAACAGUGCGGUGGACAUGCUUGUGGGAGAUAUCUACGGCAUGGACUACACCAAAAUUGGCUUGAAGAGUACAGCUAUUGCCAGUACUUUCGGCAAGGUACUCCGAUUGAAGAACGACGCAGAGCGCGGUGCCGAGGACGGCGAGGGCUUAAUUCGCGGCGACCCGGGCGAGGCAAACGACUCCAGCCGCGGAGUGAAGCCCAAUCCGGAGGAUAUGAGCCGAAGUUUGCUAUACGCCAUCAGUAAUAAUAUCGGCCAGAUCGCAUAUCUGCAGUCAGAAAAACAUUCCGUCGAACACAUCUACUUUGGUGGCUCUUUCAUUCGGGGCCACCGGCAAACCAUGAAUACCCUCUCUUAUGCCAUCCGCUUCUGGUCCAAGGGCAAGAAGCAAGCGUAUUUCUUGCGCCACGAGGGCUACCUCGGCGCCGUUGGCGCCUUCAUCCGACGCCAGCCGGAAAACUGGGGUCGCAGAAACAGCGUCGACGAGGUGAUUGCACCGCAGGCGGUUCGAACCCUCGUUCAGAAUAAAGAUAUCCUUCAGCAACAUGACAGGUCCUCUAGCGAUCUUUAA